AUGUACUUGUAUCCGACUCUAUUAUCCUCUCUCGACUCUCCGACUCUUUGCCUUAUUCGUUCUUUGUGUCUCUAUGGCCAGAAGAACAUCUUGGACGGUUGUCUGCGUUUCUAUGAACGACUGGAGCCUGACCUCGUACAAGAUGUUCGCGUAUCCGCCGGCAUAUCCACUGGGCACGUUACGUCUCGCGGGCAUUCGCGGAGAAUCUGCCAGGAACCUCUUUACCGUUUCUCUUUUCCGUCUUUGAGUAUCUGUCAGGUAUGCGACAUUCAGCAGAAAAACAGGAGUGAAAACUGCUUCUUUUCAGAAGUAGUGCUGAAACUUGAAGGAUGA